AUAUAUAUGGGAAGGUCCUGUGACAGGACGCAGCAUUCAGCGGACUGACCUCAUCCAGAACACACACACACAUAGCUGCCGCUUCCAUAGGAAAUUCUUUACGGAAGGCUUGAGAACUAGUUUCACAUGCGGUGUGUUUUAUUCGUCAUGGUGAUGGGCGUGGUGGGCGUGGUGAGGUCUCGAUACGCCCCCACCAGAGACCACUCCAAGGACUGGCUGUCACUCAUCAACGGGCAACAGCAGCUCAGAGACGCCAGGAUCAUCUACAGCAUCCUGAACGAGGAUCCAGACUUCUUUCUGAAUAAGCGAGAGCACCAGGGCUUCGACAGCAGCGAAAAGGAUUUCGACGGCUUCCAGCAUCCGUUCUACUACGUCAGCCACCAGAAACAGCAGCAAGAAGUCGAGCAGCCAAGAGGGCCCUUCGUUUUCAGUCGACUGGGAGGCGGCGGCCCCGUCGAUCCAAGCAAAGCUGUCUUAGUAGACCUUCCUUUCAGACAUCGUCGACUGGGAGAUGAUGUUUCCGAGGACCUUAUCAUCCAUGACGCAAGCCUCGUUCCUGCCGAAUCAGCUCCAGAAACCCUCCCUCCCCAAUCGAGCUAAAUGAUCGCUUCCUCUGCCACUCAGUGACGCCAUUACUUUAACAUCCCAGACAACGACGUUUGAGUGAACAAUUACAAAGGUUAAUUAGAUCCUUCAGAAUGAUGCUUUAUUUGUUUUUUACCUGAAGUGGGGGUUAUCUCAGUUGUGUCUCGAAGGGAUAAGUCUAGACUUGCAUGGCAUUAGCUCCACUACAGUCCACCUUUCAGAAACCUAAAAGAAAAUAACCAGGGGGAAAACCGAGAAUCACUACACAGCUCAUCAGGCACCCUAAAAUCUAUCCCGUAGAAUCGAAAACACUACGGGGAAAACUCCUCCCUCUCUCUCUUUCAGAAAGGAAAGUACGUUAUUAUGCUCAGCUUCAAUAUAUACACACUCCUCGGAAUUUUUUUAUAGAUCUCCUUUGCGACUCGGUUUGCAGAACGCGGAAAUACCCGAAGCCAAAGAACAGCGUUUGCAGAGUAAUAUCACACAGGACAUGAAGAUUAUGGAAGCGCAAACAAGAUGAAAAGCGAGGCCGCGCAAACAGCAAUAUUCAUUGUGUUUACCCAGACUUCUUCUUCGAGGGAAGUCGGAUUCUGAAGUUUAUUUUCCUUUUUAAAGUUAUGAAUCUGUAUUAUGAUCAUCAUUAUUAUUGUUUUACGUAAGAGGAAAGGGAAGAGAACAGCACCAUUGACGAUAUAAAUAAAUGUAUGAUUUAUUCA